AGUUGAACGUGAGGGUUGGUAGUGGUUGCCAGACAAGUGUUGAUGAUGGAUGUUGUGGAACUUUGUUGCUGAUAUUACUCCUCCUAAAGCACCAACAUGGAGCACAACGCCAUUGACGCCUGUAUAGAGGAGUGGGAGACUCUUAGCAACGAGUACAGGGCGCUGGAGAAAAUUCACAAGGAAUAUAGAGAGAAAUUAGAAGACUUGACACAGUUGCAGCAGAAGUGCAUCAAAGGGAUCGCACACCAGCGUUAUCGCAUAAGUAUAAUCAAGCAAUCCCUUAAAAAGUUAAAUCAUAAAGAUGACCCAGACAACAGAGAGAGGAAUCAACUACUACAGACUGACCUCAUUCGUCGCAAGGCUCAGCUUUAUGACAUGGAAAAUAACAUUCCCAAGCCCAAUGGUCUUUACCUCAAGAUCAUCCUUGGAAACAUUAAUGUUUCAAUACUUAAUAAAGAGGAGAAGUAUCGCUAUAAAGAUGAGUACGAGAAGUUUAAACUUGUCAUAAAUCUGGUAGCUUUUGCCAUCUCUACCUUCAAUAUCCUUACAAAUAUCAGGACAGCUGAUCUCAUUCACAUGUUCCUCUUGGUGUGGUACUACUGCACCUUAACCAUCAGGGAAAGCAUUCUCAAGGUGAAUGGUUCAAGAAUCAAGGGCUGGUGGAGAGCACAUCACUUCAUAUCAACUAUUCUGUCCGGUAUUUUGCUAAUUUGGCCUAAUGGGGAAACCUACUAUGCAUUCCGCAAGCAGUUCAUGUUAUUCAAUAUGUAUAUUAGUUUUGUACAGUACCUGUUGUUCAUGUACCAGCGUGGCUGUCUCUACCGACUCAAAGCUCUUGGGGAAAGCCACAAUAUGGAUAUUACAGUUGAAGGCUUUCACCACUGGAUGUGGCGUGGUCUUGGAUUCAUUAUACCCUUUCUCUUAAUAGGAUAUUUGUGGGAGCUUUAUAAUGCUUACACACUCUACGUCCUCUCCUUUACUGAAAAUGCAGAAUGGCACGUAUCAUCACUGGCUAUUCUAUUCCUCAUCCUGUUUCUGGGAAACACCCUCACUACCUUAUCAGUCAUCCCUCAGAAGAUCAAGGAACGUAUGAAAUUCAAGUAUCGCUUCACUCGCCUUGAUAAGUAUAUCUGGACCCACAAAAAAAGACGGGUGUCUUUCAGGAAUCCUGAGUCCCCUCAGCGACGUACUCCAGCUGCAAGAGCUGCUUCUUUCUCCUACAAGAGGCCAGAGGCCAAAGUUGCUGAUGAAACCCACACCACCUUUCCUGUGCCACAGGCAAACUCUCCAGAUAUUGGAAAUGAAAUAGUGAUAAAUGAAGACGAGGCAAAUUGUGAAGAAAAAAAAUUACUAGAGAUGCUAGAUGAUGUCGCAAAAAAUAUUGACUUCGAGACAGUUGACAAAGAAAACAACGACGAUUUUAAUGUCGAAGCUGUAAAUGGAGGAAAUGAAGAGGAAAAUGUUAAUGUGCUUGCCAGAUGUGAAGCUGCUGAACUAAAAGAAAGUUUCUCUGAUGAAACAAAGAAGGACAAAUAAAUAUUGGCUUCAUGAGCAAGCAUUUAAUUCAAAUUAUUCUUGAUGAAUUACAGGUAUUGUACAUUCUUCCAAUUAUGAAUAAUAUAAAAGCAUUAUUGAUCCAUACAUGGUAUAUAAUUGAAAGAGUUUUGUGGGUUUCUUGCCAAUUGACUUUCAAAUAAAUUUUUUGUACUGUAAAAGUUAGGGAUGAAAAGGACUCUGGCCAUUUAUUAAAUAAUUUAUUUUGAAGUAUUUCAAGAAAUAAAAUCACAUUUACAUGUAUACUGAUAGAAGUAUUGGUAAAUGUACAUGAAAAUUUUUCUCCUGACAAUCAAGGGAGAUAAAGUACAGACACCAGUAAUUUGUACUAGCCCUCCCAAUGCCUUUGUCCAGCCUCUCGUCCACAUGCCUGGUAAGAAAUAUGUCUGGACUUGCCUGUUCUGUUUUCCGUACAGUUCUCAGGUAAUCAUAUUAGUGUUCUCUACCCAACUGAUUUUCAUAUAAACUCCAGUCAUCCUCUGUACUUCAGAGUUUUAAAUUGUUUUUUUUUUCUCUCUGUCUCUGUCUCUCUCUGUCUCUGUCUCUCUCUGUCUCUCUCUGUCUCUCUCCUUCUCUCUCUCUCUCUCUCUCUCUCUCUCUCUCUCUCUCUCUCUCUCUCUGUCUCUCUCUCUGUCUCUCUCUCUGUCUCUCUCUCUGUCUCUCUCUCUGUCUCUCUCUCUGUCUCUCUCUCUGUCUCUCUCUCUCUGUCUCUCUCUCUGUCUC